AUGGCCGUGUAUUUGCCCCGGAAGGAUUACAACCUCCCGCAACUCGAUUUGUUGUCGGUGAUAUUUGACUCUCCCAUUUCCUGGACCGAGGAAGACACCAUCCUCCAUGCCGAGGCGGACGAUCCAAGCAACCAGAUCACAAAGGGCCAGGCACGAAUCCUUACCAAGCGCGUCGCAUACCAUCUCCGACAUGACUUUGGCGUCGGCCGUACACCAUUCACGGAUGUGGUAACCGUCAUUUCCUCCGGACAGGUCAUGUUGCCAGUGCUGUUCUAUGGAGUCAUCGCUGCCGGGGGCGUUUAUUCUUCCGCAUCGUUUACAUGUACUGCAUCGGAGUUAGCUGCUCAGAUCAAGCGGGCAAAGAGUAAUAUUUUGCUCGCCAGCGAAGACUGCUUUGAUGUUGCCAUUGCUGCCGCUAAGGAUUGUGGUAUCUCCCUGAGUCGCGUGCUUAUAUUGCAGAGCAUGGGACAUCGGAGAGAACUCAGAUGUGCAGCCACUGAUCGCAACUACCUCCAAGAACCUUGGAGUUCAGACCAAAGGCUGGAUUGGGAACGAAUUGAAGAUCCUGAAACCCUUAAGAAUCGGACGAUAUGUCUGCUGUACAGCAGCGGAACGACCGGGCUUCCGAAGGGGGUGCGAUUGUCUCACCAGAAUCUGGUCUCCUCCUCACUUCUUCCGUCCAUGCUAGAUCGAGAAUACAUUAUUCAGAGACGCCACAGCGAGCCUAGCUACGUCUAUCGCGGUACGACGCUGGCACAUUUACCCACAGCUCAUAUCGGUGGCUGUCAGGGUUAUUUCACCAUCGCCGCCAUCUCUGGUGUUAAGGUGUACUGGAUGCGGAGGUUUGACUUUUCGAAAUUCCUCGAAUACAACAAAAGGUACCAGAUCACCGAGUUCUUCACAGUCCCGCCGAUCUAUCUCAUGAUCGCGAAGUCGCCACACGUCACGGACCAGUUCCAAAGUCUACAACGCGCCUUGUCAGGGGCCGCACCUCUGGGGCCACAGUUGCAAGCAGCAGCUGAGAAACGUCUCGGAUGCCUCAUAACACAAACUUGGGGGCUAACGGAAACCUCCGGAGGCGUGACAAUGCUCCCCUGGGACGGCAGCUUGAACGACAACUCUGGCAGUGUGGGAGCCCUAAUGCCCAACUGCCGUCUCCGUAUCGUGGACGAUGACGAGAGGGACGUGGGCGAUGGCGAAGAAGGAGAGCUAUUAAUCUCCGGACCAACUGUAAUGCAAGGCUACCACGAAAAUCCAGAAGCCACUCAAAACAGCUUUACCCAGGACGGUGCUUGGUACAAGACUGGCGAUAUCGGCCAGCAACGAGGACAACUGUUGUAUAUUGUUGAUCGGAAGAAGGAGCUCAUCAAGUACAAGGGUCUUCAAGUCGCACCCGCUGAGAUUGAGGGUCUGCUAUUGUCCCACCCUUUGAUCCAGGAUGCGGCGGUGGUUGGUGUGACCGAUUCGGAGUCUGGAAACGAGUUGCCGCGGGCAUAUGUGGUUGCGGAUCGCGCCCAAAUCCCUGGAUCAGAGAUCCUGAGCUUUUGGAAAGAUACUCAGAAGGGAGCUCAGAAAGAUGGCAGCGGAGGCUGGGAGAUCCUCGAAGCUCUAAGCCAGGACAUCUUUGUCGGGGCCAUUAUUUUCUCAUAG